CCGUGGGUAUAAAAGCAGCAGCCGACAAUUUUAGUUUGCUCAUAUACAAAGUGAAAAAGGAAAAAACCGCAACCAACAUGAACUUCUCGUGGCUCACCAUCUUCAUCUUGGCCCUCAUCGCCAUGACUGUUUCGGCCAAAAGCUGCCCUGCCCCAUUCAAGAAGGAGGGUAACAAGUGCACUGCGAAGCGUAUCAUUAAGGGAGAGUGCCCACCUAACUCGCAAUACCAACCAAGCAUCAAUCUGUGUGUCUACAAAAACUAAAUAAAUAAAAACGUUAUCAGGAAAAGCGAUCGAAUACAUUUAAAACAAUUUGAAAAGAAA